CAGCUUGUGAAAACUUGCUACGACCAUCAGAGGCGGACAGAAGAGAGAAUUUAUGCUUGCAAACAUUUUAGUGUUGGUGUCAGGUCAUCCAUCAUGUCAUGAAAUCUUUUGCCAAACUGACAGUUUAUUGAUUGCAUGGCGUCAUGGUGAAAUGGACGGAAGAGGAGCGCCGCAUCGUCAGAGGAGUUUGGGAAAAAGUUGAUAUUGAUGAGAUCGGAGCAGAGCUUUGGGCAAGAGCUUUGAUUGUUUACCCCUGGAUCGAGCGGUAUUUCGGCUCUUUUGGCGACAUCUUCACCACCACAGCAAUUUUAAACAACCCCAAAUUGGCCGCCCUGGGAAAGGUCGUGCUAUCGGCUCUGGACACAGCCGUGAAGAACAUAGACAACUUCAAAGCGAUGUACGCUUCCCUGAGCAGGCAGCACUACGAGAAAAUCAAAGUGGAUCCGGAUAACUUCAGACUUUUGGCCGAAUGCAUCACAAUUACCAUCGCCUGCAAACUCAGAGCUGAGCUGAACCCUCAGGUCCAGGCCACCUGGCAGAAGUUUCUGUCUGCUGUGGUGGAGGCUAUGAGCAGUCAGUACAAAUAAAAAAAAAGCAGACCCAAUCAAGCAUGGAGAAACAUUUUCCAUUGAAUAAAACUCGCUUUUUCAAAAGCUCUUAUGUGCUUGUCAACACGUGGGAAAACAGAGCAAGUGCAUGAAGAUUUGCAGAAGCUGUGUACCAUGGUAGUGUCGUGUGUGUAAGUUGAAUUUUUACGACCCCUGGAGGCAAUAAAGUAUAUAACAUCACUAUGAAA